AUGUUCGAGAAAAAGUUCAAUAUUGAAGUACAAACUUUACAGCCUUUACGUGAGUUUCUUGCACAACUGAAAGAAGAAGGUAGUCAGCCACAACUUAUAGACUUUCAUUAUGAAUUUAAUGAAAAUGAAGAUGGAACUCAUGACUGUCAAUUCAUUGUAUUCUCACCAUUCAAUGAAGUCGCUAAAAGAAAGAAAAUCCAUUACGUAUAA